UCCACCCUGUUUUUGUUUAUGGAAUUAGCAUCUGUUGUGUUUCGAUGGUCACAAUUUUGUUCAAGAUAUUUUCUUAAAAAAAGAAAAAGUUGUGACCUUGAGGGAAUGAAAAUAAGGAAAAAAAAAUGAGAAAAAGACAGAGAUAGUGAUGAAGCACAGUACGUGGCAACCUGUUCUCGUUCUUCUCUUCCAUUCCCAAUGAAAAUUGACGUCGUUAAUUUGCGACAAUUCUUUGUCUGAAAUUGGUAAGAAAAAGGUGUAAUCAAUCAGAAGAGAAGAGAAGAGAAAGAUGGAGCUGUGGAACAGAGCCAGAAGCUUUGCGGAAGAAGCAGCGAAACGUUCGAAUGAUCUGUCCUUGGGAGCUUCCAAAUUGAGCGACAUCAUUACAGAAACCACCAAAGAGAUAGCGGCACAAGCUUCAAAGCACUUGCCGCAACCUUCGCUCACAACCGACGUCGAUCUCCAGCGUUUUGGCAUCACCGAAGAGUUGAGAGAGUUCGUCAGAGGGAUCACCAUCGCUACCUUUGAAGAUUUCCCCCUUCAAGAUGAUACGGAAUUUUCUGAUGUUCCUGCGGUUUCAAAUGUCAGGCAGGAUCUAACUGAUUGGCAGGAAAAACAUGCCAGUCUUGUUCUUUCUACCGUCAAGGAGAUUUCUCGAUUGAGGUAUGAUCUGUGUCCACGAGUCAUGAAAGAGAGGAAGUUUUGGAGAAUAUAUUUUUUACUUGUGAAUAAUCAUACUGCACCCUAUGAGAAUAAGUACAUGGAAGAUGAAAAACUAAAAUCUUCUGAACAAGGAAACGAUCGCAUAGUCACGAUGAAACCAUUAAAUGCUGAAUUGAUCUGUAAUCAAGAGGCGCAGGAAAUGCAAAAAAAGGACAAAUUAUCAAAUUCAUCAACUGAGCAAGACUUGGAUGUAUUUCUUCUGGGGGAAGGAAACAGCGAUGACGACGAGCCCGAUGAUGACAAUGGAAGAUACAAUGAUGAUUUGGACAAACUGAUGGAUAAUUCGUUGGCGACACUUAUGAAUGUACAGGAUGAUGAGAAAGGGAAAUGACAGAUGUUGGAUGAAAUUAUUGGCUGAUAAGUUCUGUGAUGCUUACGUUUAUUGUUUCAACCUUUAUUCAAGUGUUAAUAGUAGUUUAGUUUCCCCUGAAUGUUAGGUUUGUGAUAAUAAAACUUAUGAUUAUACAGCUUUGUUGUUAUUUAAACGUUUUUUUCUCUUUGCGUGUAAAAGUACUCAUUAAAUGUUCUGAAAGGAAAACGAAAAAAUCAUACUUAUAUUAAUUGUA